UCUUCUUCUUCUUCUUCCAUUUUCCCAACAACACAAAGUCUCUCUCUCUCUGAUAAAAUCUUAAAACCCACCUCGAGAUCAUAGUCUUCAUCAAUUAGCCAUAAAAAAGCACAAUGCUUUCUUCAAUCAAACCAUCUUCGUCUUCCUUCUCCACCGCUAUCUCCGGCAGCGUAAGGCGGUCAAUUCCUACAAAGCUCAAGUUUUCUCCUUUACUCAUCAUCAAAAACUGCCAUAACCAAAGCUUUAACGCUAAUGUUGUCUCCCAUCAAAAGCCUCUACACAUUUCAUCUGCUUCGAAUUUCAAGCGUGAGGUCAAAGUCGAAGCUUACGAGGCCGAUCGUUCCCGUCCACUGGACAUCAACAUCGAGCUUCCCGAUGAACAAUCCGCGCAGAAACUGAAAAUCGGAAUCUACUUCGCAACUUGGUGGGCACUUAACGUUGUCUUCAACAUCUACAACAAGAAAGUCCUCAAUGCUUUUCCUUACCCGUGGCUUACUUCGACGUUGUCUCUCGCUUGUGGUUCUUUGAUGAUGCUUGUCUCUUGGGCUACUAGAAUCGCAGAUGCUCCUAAAACUGAUCUCGAGUUCUGGAAAACUCUGUUCCCGGUCGCUGUAGCACACACGAUAGGACACGUUGCAGCAACAGUGAGUAUGUCAAAAGUAGCAGUUUCCUUCACACACAUCAUUAAAAGUGGUGAACCAGCUUUCAGUGUCUUAGUCUCAAGAUUCUUCAUGGGAGAGACUUUCCCUCUUCCUGUCUAUCUCUCUCUCUUACCAAUCAUCGGAGGCUGCGCUCUCGCGGCCAUCACCGAGCUUAACUUCAACAUCACUGGGUUUAUGGGGGCAAUGAUAUCGAAUUUGGCAUUUGUGUUCCGGAAUAUCUUUUCGAAGAAAGGGAUGAAAGGGAAGUCAGUGAGCGGAAUGAACUACUACGCUUGCUUAUCGAUGAUGUCUCUUGUGAUCCUCACUCCAUUUUCUAUUGCCGUGGAAGGUCCUCAAAUGUGGGCUGCUGGUUGGCAAAAUGCGGUUUCUCAAGUCGGACCAAACUUUGUCUGGUGGGUAGUGGCACAAAGUGUGUUUUACCAUUUGUACAAUCAGGUCUCAUACAUGUCAUUAGACCAGAUUUCGCCGUUAACUUUCAGUAUCGGUAAUACGAUGAAGCGGAUUUCCGUUAUUGUUGCAUCGAUCAUCAUUUUCCAUACCCCGAUUCAACCGGUUAAUGCCCUCGGUGCUGCCAUUGCGAUUUUUGGAACUUUCCUCUACUCACAGGUAAACAAACAAACUUAUUCUUGUUUACCUACCUCUAGUACUUGGUUCUUUAGUGAACAAUUUCUAGUUCUAAUAUAAUUCAUUGACGUUCUUCCUAUGUUCUUUGCAAUCAUUGAGCAGGCGAAGCAGUGAGGAUGGUUUAGGAGGCAGUUUUUUGGGUUUGUUUUGCAAAAGAAAAUGAAAACUAACAAAAGAGUAGCCGGGGAGGAGAGAACAUUCCGGUGAGAUCAACAUCGGAAAAUGCUUUUCCCCGGUCCAUGGAUAUGAAGAAACUGGAGCUUGAAGUUGAUAGAGUGUUUGCUUUUACUUUUUUUUUCAUUGUCUCAUAAUAGAUUCUGCACAAGACAGGCUAAUUCUAUAUUAUCUAUGUUUUAUUUAGAUGAUCGUAAUAAUAAAGAUAUCAGUGUCAUUUCUUGAUCAGACCAUCUACUGAAUUAUUUUUGAGGUAUCUAUCAG